UAGUAAUAAAAUCGCGUUUCAGAGAAUGCAUUGAUGCGAAUCUGUGAAUACUUUGUGAUGGAUUUGAUUGUAUGAUGAAAUCACAUUCAGAUAAAUUGAUACGAUCCAACUUUGCGAACCUUUUAUAAGAAUCAUUUACCUUUAUUAAUACAAAUUUACGUACAAAUGAAAAAAUGUAUAUAGAGUACAUUAUUUUAUUAUAUUUUUAUAUUCCAAUGGUAAAUUCUAACAAUAACGAGGAAUUAGAAGAUGUAUUCAACUUUAUCAGAGAUGGCAACGAAGACUAUGCUACUUACGGAGGCAUGCUUAGACAUUUUAAAGGUGAAGACUCAAAUGAACUCGAGAAAAUAGUAACGAAUUACGGACACAAAUACACUGACGACGAUGGUAUAGAUGAGUACAGAUUGUAUUUUCACAAAUUUCAGGAGGCUGCGUCUGAAGGCCUCAUACCAAGAUGGCCUAAACAGGCGAUGUAUUAUCUGUUUGUGAGAAUUAUUCGAGAUAUUAACAGAGACUAUAUUACCAAUGACGAUAUGACCAGAUGUUAUGGAAUAAGAUAUCCUGAACUUGAUCUCGAAAAAAUUAUGGAAGACUACGGAGAAAGCAUUGAUGGAGUAAGACAUUUAACGUUCGAAAAUUUCAGACGAGUCAUGAACCUUGGUCAUCUUCCAGCCCCGCAGCAGUGGAUAUGCAAUCCAGGAAGUCAAUGAAAUGGUGAUAUUUUAUUAAUGUUAAAAUGUUGGAAUAUUAUUUAAAAUAACUACGUCAUUAUAAUAA